AUGGCGCAUCCAACACGCGCCGCCCAGCCACACACCCCGUCAUUCCUCCGCCAAAUUCGGCGGGCCCCGGGUCGCAUCAUGCGGUCCACGCCUCUCCGCUUCGUCGCCCUCGCGAUCCUGCUCGCCUUCUCUCUCCUCCUCACGGGCGAAUUCGAAAUGCAACGACGGUUCGACCCACAACGGCCAUUCCACGCGCAGCGGUUCCUCUCCCUCAUACGCCCCCCGCACCGCACGCACACAGCCGCAGGCGACGACGCGAGCCGUGCGACGGGCGACACGACGAGCCGCAGUAACCCGCACCAGGGCGACGAAUCCGAGCAGGACACAGAGGAUCCGACUCCCUCGGUCGCCGCGCCGCCGCUUUCCGCGGAGGAUUUUAAAACCCUAGAGAGCCUAAUAGAGCAACCAGUGGAGGAGGAGGAUGGGCAGGAGAACGAGGAGGAGGGGGAGAAAGGAGGGGAGGAGGAGGAGGAGGGGGAUCGGGAGAGGGAAAAGGGGAAGCUGAAUUGGGGUUUGGUGGGGAGAUUGGUGGGGUUUGGGAGCCAAUUGGUGAAUGCCACGUGGGAGAGAGUUGGGGGGGUUGUGAGAGGCGGGGUGGAGGUGUGGGAGAAGCGGGAGAAGGAGGCGAGGAGUAGGAAGGAGUGGCGGAGAGUGGUUGAGAGCGAUAGGAGGAAGAGGAUGGAGGCGAGGAGGAGAGGUGCUGCUCACACUGGCGGUCAAAUUGCACCCACCAACUUAUCAGCAGCGGCGGCAGCAGCAGCAGCAGCAGCAGCAGCAGCAGGAGUGGACGACUGUUUAAACGAGCUGAAGCGUGUGACUGAAAUGAAGGGCCUUCGACCCGACGCGCUGUUUCCCAGAAACUUCUCCGUGCACCUUCUCACUCUGGACCCCUCCCGGCGCCGCACGGGGCUGCCCUUGAAGCUGCACGAGUGGAGCGCUGAGAGCGUGUUUGUCAUCGGGACAGGAGAGCCGGGCAAGGGGCGACGAGAGACGCUGCUGAAUCUAGACAGGCGGUUCCGUGCAGCAGGGCUGCAGUACACGCAGGUGGUGAUGCCCAUGGCACUAGAGGAGCCGUUUAAAGCGAGGUACGACCCAGUGUUCCCGGCUCGAUCUCUCUCCCUCCGCUCCACCUUCCACCCGCACGACCUCGCAUACGCGUUCGCGCAUUUCGAGGUGUGGGCGAGGGUGGUGGUGCUGCGGCUGCCAUACGCGUUGGUGUUUGAAGAUGAUGCGAGGAACGAGGUGGACUCGAAUGCAGCCUGGAAGCAGCGGAUGGAAGGGCUCCUGCGCCAGCUCAACCUCCUAAUAAUCCAGAACGGCAACCGCUUCUUCUUCGACGUGCUGCUGCUGGCACGCUCCGCCCUCGCGCCCUACUCGGAGCAGCAGCUCACGGCCAACAUCAUGAAGGCUCAGCCCAGCAUGGGAUCCCAUGCUUACCUCAUCACCUACGCCGGCGCUAAAAAGAUGCUCUCGCAAAUGCGGCUCAAAGUGCCAAUAUCAGAGGCCUUUUUCACCGUCCCACACGCGCACAUCCUGGCAGCGGACCCGCCUCUCUUCAACUCUCAGAUGUUCAUGUGCCGGCCCAAGCCCUGCCGUGCCCCGCCCCUCGACCUCUACUCCUCCUCCCGCCUCUCCUUUUCCUGCCGGGAAACCCUCUUCCUCAGCUUCCCCGGGCACCCCCGAAUCCGGGGGAAUAUCGUGAAGAAGGAUUGGGUGAGACAGGCAUCGGCGGAAGCAGGAGCUAGUGCGACCAUUGCUGUGGAUGCUGAUUGUGGGACACCUGCGCAGUGCCUGAUUAGAUCUCACCAGGAGAUUCUUCAGGUGCCAGGGUCAGGUGCCCAGGUGAAUCUCCAGGUGAAUUCUGAGGUGAUUAUCCAGGUGCCAGGGAUAAGACCACCUGCAGGGGUACGCAUGGUGGUGAUGAGAUCCAUGCCGCCCAAACUAGCCAUGUGGCCGACAUUCGUGAUCGGAUUGGCUGAAGAUGCCGACCGGUUCGUCUCAUUGGAACCUGUGUUACAGCAGCAGGGCUUUGGAGAGAUCGUCAAGGCAAACGGCAUUUCAGUCUCCAACACAGAUUACCAAGUGCUGACUCACCUGGUGGACAAGGAGCAUCGGGCCCGCACCCGAACCACGCCCUGGUGGCAGGAGAAGCAGGCCCGGCCGACCCUGAGCAAGGGCGAGGUGGGGUGCGCGCUUUCCCACUACUUUGUCUGGUUAGAAGUCGUGCGAAGGCAGCUCCCAUACGCCAUCAUAUUCGAAGACGACGUUCGGUUCUUGACACACUCUUUCAAAGAGGUCUUUGAGCGAGACGUGGCGGAAGCCAACGAGGUGAUCACACGCGAGAUCAACCCGUUCCGGCCCGAUAUAGUCUUCCUCGGAAAAUCCGGCAUCAUGACUUCCUUCUACUACCCGAAGCUCUCCCAACACGUGGUUAUCUCCCCGCUCGUGUGGUGCUCGUUCGCGUAUAUAGUGUCUUUGGAGGGCGCUCGGAAGCUGGUGGAGAGGUUCUUUGUGAAUGAUCCGGUGGACUCGUACUGGUGGCAGGUGCCUGAAAUGCAGUUCUGGGCGUUUGAACCGUCGCUGGCGGAUCAUCUGACGGUGAAGAGGAAGAAGAGGGGCAAGGGCGUGCAGUUUGUGAGCAGGGUACAGGGGACUGACAGCGAGUGGUAG